GCGCUCCGGAGACAAUGGAGAAUCACUUCACGUAGCUGUUAGACUGUAGAUUGUUGUCUUGAUGAAUGUCAAAGACUGGUCUCCAAGCACUCAACGGAAAGAACUAGUGAUGCAUCCCGGAGUCUUAGCUAGAUGUAAGACGGACAACACCCGCGUCCGGAUGCUGACGUCGGAGUGAAUCAGUGGAGUUUCGGGGCACUUCACGGGCUCACGAUCCGGAGCCUCAUCUGGGCUCCAGGGUAAGGAGCUUUAUCGAUAAGAAUUCGGUUAUGUCAUCGACUGGCAGAGCACGGAAAAUCAUCCCACAGCAACAACCCAUUCACCAUCGCAUCAAAUCACUUCGAACGUCGAGAACAUGCAGAAACAGACGUCACUUGACCUCUUUGGGGGCGACAGGCCCUGGGAUGCGUCCCUUUGGGAAACCACCGACGACCGCGUGCGAGGCGGCUCCAGCGUGUCCCACCUGACCGUCCACGACGGCAAGGCUGCUCGCUUCCACGGCACCCUCGACACGUCAACGCUCGGAGGCGCAGGCUUCGCCUCGCAGCAAACGCGGGGCACGAACCACUGGGACCUCUCCCGGUACGAGGGGCUGCUCCUCCGUCUGGGCGAGGGCGACGGCAAGCGAUACGUGAUCACCCUGAAAGAUGAGAUCCCGGGCCGUCGACCGGACGGGCGCAUGGAGAGCGGCGUCAGUUGGGAGGCAGAGUUUACCUCGAGCGAGGCUGGCGCCACAGAGGUGUGGCUGCCGUGGGGUCAGUUCAAGGCGACCUACCGCGGCCGCCCCAAGGACGACGCGAAGCCACUGGACACGGCCGAUGUCAAACGAGUCGGGCUCAUGAUGAGGAGCUUCUUCGACUCACAGCAUGGAGACUUUGCCAUCACGCUACGGAGCAUCACGGCCACGAGUUCUUCUUCAGGACAGGACGCGGGCGCCGCGUGUGAUCACCACGCCAACGAGAGUGGCCAGGACGACGAUGGGGAUGAGGAGGAUGAGCUGGCACGAUACAAGCAGGAUGCGCGGACGAGGCGGCACAGCAGCACGGAGGCUCGACAAACAGGGGCUACUUCGUGGUGGAGGGGUGUAUUCUGUGGGCUUUUGUAGCGUGCGGCUACGAGGAGACACUGUAAUAACAAGUGUAUCUGAUCUCGCGUAUCCUCAUUCUGCAGCCUGACCCAGCCCCUGCUUCUGCGGCUGUGCUUCACGGGGUCCCGACC